AUGAACUUGCUCAAGGCCAUGCAGCUCAUGAGAGCCCGUAUGGAGGUGUCCGCAGCAGCAGCCUACUUCCUGAGUGUAGCCUCUUACUGGGUGCCAGGGCCUGUGCUGAGGUGGGGCCGCUCCUACAGUGACUUGCCACCCCUGACACUAGAGGGCAUCAGGGACCGCGUACUGUAUGUCUUGAAGCUGUAUGACAAAAUCGACCCGGAAAAGCUCUCAGUAAAUUCCCACUUCAUGAAAGACCUGGGCUUGGACAGUCUGGACCAAGUGGAGAUUAUCAUGGCCAUGGAAGAUGAAUUUGGAUUUGAAAUUCCUGAUACAGAUGCAGAGAAGUUGAUGUGUCCACAAGAAAUUGUAGAUUACAUUGCAGACAAGAAGGAUGUCUAUGAAUAAACCACCAGAACCCUUUCCUCGCAGAGAGGACUCAGAUGAUACCAGAGAGGGUCGAGGGGAGAAGGCGCCUCAGCGGCAGUGGUGGCACAGCCUCUCUGUUGGACUUCUAUUUAAAUUGUCUAAGUGUUUUGCCUUUGAAAAUAAAUCUAUGAAACCAA